AAAAUCACUCUAUAAAUUUCGAAUAACUAGUCCUGCUUUUUUUUUCUUUUUUUUUCUUACCUUUCUUAUAUUUUUCUUCUCUUGUUAUAUAUCCCCCAGUAUAUAAGAAAAGAAAAAAUCCCACACUUUUUAUACAUAUUCAAGUAGGCAAAUACCCCCCAACUCUCUUAUACAUACAACACAUCAACAAUCGUAAAUAAAUAUAAUGUCUCCUGUUGAAAACACUUCCUGGGCCGGAGCUAUCCCUCCCGCUCAAGGUUUAUAUAACCCCGAACUCGAAAAGGACGCAUGUGGUGUCGGUUUUAUGGUACACGUCAAAGGUGUCCGCUCCCACAAGAUCUUGUCCGAAGCCAGUAGCAUUCUUUGUAACAUGACCCAUCGUGGUGCCUCUGGCGCUGAUAUCAGAGAUGGUGACGGUGCUGGUGUCAUGUCAGGUAUCCCUCAUCAAUUUUUCGUCAAUGAAACCUCUCGUGAGUUAGGAAUUACUUUACCUGAGGAAGGACAAUAUGCCGUUGGUAAUUUAUUCAUGAAAGGUGAUAUUGAUUCAGUAGCCGAGAGUAAAAAGGUAUUUGAGCAAUUGGCUGAAGCCCUUCAUUUAAAUGUGCUUGGUUGGCGUACUGUUCCCGUCGAUUCUACCAUUAUUGGUCCUGCUGCCAGAUCCAAGGAACCCGCAAUUGUACAACCUUUUGUUGUAUUGGCUGAUAACAAGGAAUUUGAUGAGGCUUAUUUUGAACGCCAGCUUUACGUUCUUCGUAAGCAUGCUACCCACACUUUGACCAUGAAAAAGUGGUUUUAUGUUUGUUCUCUUUCAAACAAGAAUAUUGUUUACAAGGGUCAAUUAACUCCUAAGCAAGUCUAUCUUUAUUUCCAUGAUUUAAAUAACGUUCAGUAUACCACCCAUUUUGCUCUUGUUCAUUCUCGUUUCUCUACCAAUACUUUCCCCUCUUGGGAUCGUGCUCAACCUAUGCGUUGGUGUGCACACAAUGGUGAAAUUAACACUGUUCGUGGUAAUAAGAAUUGGAUGCGUUCUCGUGAAGGUGUCAUGGCAUCAGAUAAGUUUGGCGAGGAUCUUGAUUUGCUUUACCCUAUUAUCGAAGAAGGUGGUUCUGAUUCCGCUGCCUUUGAUAACGUUCUUGAGUUGUUAGUUAUUAACGGCGUCUUGACUUUACCCGAAGCCGUCAUGAUGAUGAUUCCUGAAGCUUGGCAAAACAAUGAUGCUAUGAGCCCUGAAAUGAAGUCAUUCUAUCAAUGGGCCUCCUCUUUGAUGGAACCUUGGGAUGGCCCCGCUCUUUUCACCUUCUCUGAUGGUCGUUACUGUGGUGCUUCUCUUGAUCGUAAUGGUCUUCGUCCUUGUCGUUACUAUUUGACUACCGAUGAUAUCAUGAUUUGUGCUUCCGAAGUAGGUACCGUCUUCAUUGACCCCGAGACCAUUGUUGAAAAGGGUCGUCUUAAGCCUGGUCGUAUGCUUUUGGUUGAUACCGUUGAAGGUAUUAUCGUUGAUGAUAAGCAGCUCAAGUUACAAACUGCUUCCAAGCGCGAUUUCACUCAAUGGAUUAAGGACCAAAAUAUCGUCUUAAAGGAUAUUGUUGAUAAGACCAAUGCUGUUGAGCCUUAUGUUGCCGAUUUAGAUGAGGCCAAGGUUCAGGCUGAUCCUCGUCUCAAGGCUUUUGGUUACACUCUUGAACAACUUAACUUGAUCAUGCUUCCUAUGGCUUCUACUGGUAAGGAACCUCUUGGUUCUAUGGGUAAUGAUACCGCCCUUGCCUGUCUUGCCGAACAACCUCGUGUUAUCUACGAGUACUUCCGUGAAUUGUUUGCUCAAGUCACUAACCCUCCUAUCGAUCCUAUUCGUGAAGAAAUUGUCAUGUCUCUUCAAUGUAACGUUGGUCCCGAAGGUAACAUCCUCGAAAUUGAUGAGAGCCAAUGUCAUCAAAUUGCUCUCUCUUCUCCCAUCUUGUCUAUGGAAGAACUUUCUGCCAUCAAGAACAUGAGCCAAUUCUAUCCCUCUUGGAAGGUUGCUACUAUUGAUAUCACUUUCGCAAAGACCGAUGGUGUUCAAGGUUAUGUUGAUACUUUGGAACGUGUCUGUAACGAGGUCUCUGAAGCUAUUAAGGAUGGUUACAAGGUUGUCGUUCUUUCCGAUCGUGCCGUUAAUGCCGAUCGCGUUGCUAUCUCUGCCCUUAUUGCCUCAGGUGGUGUUCAUCAUUACUUGGUUCGUAACAAGGAGCGUAGUCGUAUUGCCUUGAUGGUUGAAACUGCCGAAGCCAGAGAAGUUCAUCACUUCUGUGUUCUUUUGGGUUAUGGUGUCGAUGCCGUCUGUCCUUAUUUAUCUUUGGAAACUAUGAUGAAGCUUCAUCGUGAACGUGCCGUUCUCGAAGGUUUAACUCCUGAAAAGUUGAUUUAUAACUUCAAGAAGGGUAUUGAUAAUGGUAUUCAUAAGGUUAUGUCCAAGAUGGGUAUUUCCACUUUGGCCUCCUAUAAGGGUGCUCAAAUCUUUGAAGCUCUUGGUGUCGAUGAUAGCGUCAUCUCUCGCUGUUUCUCUGGUACCGCUUCUCGUAUCAAGGGUGUCACUUUCGAUAUCUUUGCUUUAGAUGCAUUGACUCUUCAUGAAACUGGUUACCCUACCCGUAACGUUGUUCAACCUGCCGGUCUUCCUGAGUCUGGUGAAUACCAUUGGCGUGAUGGCGGUGCUCCCCAUAUCGCUGAGCCUAACGGUAUUGCCAAUCUCCAGGAUGCUGUCCGUGAAAAGAACCAAUCUUCUUAUGAUGCUUACUCUCGUAACGCUUAUGAGGCUAUCAAGAAGUGUACUCUUCGUGGUAUGCUUGAUUUUGAUUAUGAUAACUCCAAGGCUAUUCCUAUCGAACAAGUUGAAUCUUGGGAUGUCAUUGUUAAGCGUUUCGUUACUGGUGCCAUGUCAUACGGUUCUAUUUCUAUGGAAGCACAUUCUUCUUUAGCUAUUGCCAUGAACCAACUUGGUGGUAAGUCUAACACUGGUGAAGGUGGUGAAAAGCCUGAACGUUCUCAAGUUUUGGAGAACGGUGAUUCUAUGCGUUCUGCUAUCAAGCAAGUUGCUUCUGGUCGUUUCGGUGUCACCAGUUUCUAUCUUUCCGAUGCUGAAGAGUUACAAAUUAAGAUGGCUCAAGGUGCCAAGCCCGGUGAGGGUGGUGAAUUAGAUGGUACCAAGGUUUCUGAGGAAAUUGCCUCUACCCGUAAGACUACUCCUGGUAUUGGUUUGAUCUCUCCUCCUCCUCAUCACGAUAUCUACUCUAUCGAAGAUUUGAAGCAAUUGAUUUACGAUCUCAAGUGUGCUAACCCCCGCUCUCGUGUUUCAGUUAAGCUUGUUUCUGAAGUCGGUGUUGGUAUUGUCGCUGCUGGUGUUGCCAAGGCUAGAGCUGAUCAUAUUUUGAUCUCUGGUCACGAUGGUGGAACUGGUGCUUCUCGUUGGACUGGUAUUAAGUAUGCCGGUCUUCCUUGGGAAUUAGGUCUUGCUGAAACUCAUCAAACCUUGGUUCUCAAUGAUUUGCGUGGUCGUGUCGUUGUCCAAACUGAUGGUCAAAUCAAGACUGGUCGUGACAUUGCCAUUGCUUGUUUGCUCGGUGCUGAAGAAUGGGGUUUUGCUACCACUCCUCUUAUUGCUCUUGGUUGUACCAUGAUGAGAAAGUGUCACUUAAAUACUUGUCCUGUCGGUAUUGCCACUCAAGAUCCUGAGUUGCGUAAGAAGUUUGAAGGUUCUCCUGAACACGUUGUCAACUUCUUCUUCUACCUUGCUGAAGAAUUACGUGGUUACAUGGCCAAGCUUGGUUUCCGUACCAUCAAUGAGAUGGUGGGUAGAGCCGAAAAGCUCAAGGUCAACGAUUCUCUUCGUACUUUCAAGACUGCCAAUUUGGAUUUAUCUCCCAUCUUGACUCCUGCUUCUUCUCUCCGUCCUAACGUUUCUAACGUUUGCGUUACCAAGCAAAAGCAUAACCUUCAUGUUCGUCUCGAUAACUAUCUUAUCGAAGAAGCUGAAGUCGCUCUUUCCAACAAGGAGAAGGUCUACAUCGAAGCUGAUGUUGUUAACACCGAUCGUGCUAUUGGUACCACUCUUUCUUACCACGUUUCUAAGCGUCACGGUGAAGCUGGUCUUCCUGCUGACACAAUUCAUGUCAAGUUGAAGGGUUCUGCCGGUCAAUCUCUUGGUGCUUUCUUAGCCCCUGGUGUCUUUGUUGAACUCGAAGGUGAUUCCAACGAUUAUGUCGGUAAGGGUCUUUCUGGUGGUCAAAUUGCCAUUUACCCUUUCAAGAACUCCAUCUUCAAGUCUGAGGAAAACGUGAUUGUGGGUAACGUUUGUUUGUAUGGUGCUACUAGCGGUAAGGCCUUCUUCCGUGGUAUUGCUGCUGAACGUUUCUGUGUUCGUAACUCAGGUGCCUAUGCUGUCUGUGAAGGUGUCGGAGAUCACGGUUGUGAGUACAUGACUGGUGGUCGUGUUGUCAUUUUGGGUACUACUGGUCGUAACUUUGCUGCUGGUAUGUCCGGUGGUAUCACAUACGUCCUUGAUCUUGAGGGUGACUUCAAGCAAAAUGUUAACAUGGAGAUGGUUCAACUCGAAACCGUCAACGAUGAUGAACGUAUUGCUGAAUUACGCGAUUUAAUUGAAGACCAUCGUCAUUACACUGGUUCUGAAAUUGCUGACCGUGUCCUCAAGAACUUCAAUGAGUACUUGCCCAAGUUUGUCAUGGUUAUGCCUGUUGAAUACAGCGCUCUUUUGCAAAGACAACGUGCCGAAAAGCUUGCUGCCAUUACUCCUGUUAAGAAGGCUUGUGAAAAGGUCCACAAGAAGGUUGAACCUCAACUUGAAGAUCUUGAAGAUAGUGUUCUUGAUGAAGAGGCUAUCUUGGCUCGUCGUGCCAAGUUAGAUAAGGUCCGUGGUUUCAUGAAGUAUAAGAGAAAGACUGAUAGCUACCGUAACUCCAAAAAGCGUGUCGGUGAUUGGGAUGAGAUCAACAACCGUUUGACUCGUACUGAGCUCCAUGAGCAAGCUGCUCGUUGUAUGGAUUGUGGUGUGCCUUUCUGUCAAUCUGACACUGGCUGUCCUAUUGGUAACAUUAUUCCCAAGUGGAACGAACUUGUCUACAAGGAUAACUGGAAGGAGGCUCUUGAUCGUCUUAUGAUGACCAACAACUUCCCUGAAUUCACUGGUCGUGUUUGUCCCGCUCCUUGUGAAGGUGCUUGUGUUCUCGGUAUUUCCGAACCUCCUGUUGCCAUCAAGAGUAUUGAGUGUGCUGUCAUUGAUCGUGGUUUUGAUGAAGGAUGGAUCGUACCUACUCCUCCUGCUACCCGUACCGGUAAGAAGGUUGCUGUUAUUGGUUCUGGUCCCGCUGGUUUAGCUGCUGCUGAUCAAUUGAACAAGGCUGGUCAUUUGGUUACUGUCUAUGAUCGUAAUGAUCGUGUUGGUGGUCUUUUGAUGUAUGGUAUUCCCAACAUGAAGCUUGACAAGAAGAUUGUUCAACGUCGUGUCGACCUCUUAGCCGCUGAAGGUAUUACCUUUGUCCCCAACUCUAAUGUUGGUGUGGAUAUUGAUGCCAACACUAUUCGUGAUGAAAAUGAUGCCUUGAUUGUCGCUACUGGUGCUACUUGGCCCAGAGAUCUCAAGAUUCCCGGUCGUGAAUCUGAUGGUAUUCAUUUUGCUAUGGAGUUCCUCCAAGCCAACACCAAGAGUUUACUCGAUUCCGAACUCAAGGAUGGUCAAUAUCUUUCUGCUAAGGACAAGCAUGUUGUUGUCAUUGGUGGUGGUGAUACCGGUAACGAUUGUAUCGGUACCUCUCUCCGUCAUGGUUGUAAGUCUGUUGUUAACUUUGAGUUGCUUCCUCAACCUCCUGCUAGCCGUGAUAAGCAUUCCAACGCAUGGCCCAAGUUCCCCAUGGUCUUUAAGGUUGAUUACGGUCACUCCGAAGUCCAAGCUCAAUUCGGUAAGGAUCCUCGUGAGUAUUGUGUUCUUUCCAAGGAGUUCAUCAUUGAAGAUGGUGCUGUCAAGGGUAUCAAGACUGUUCGUGUUGAAUGGACAAAGGAUGACGCUGGUCGUUGGGCUAUGAAGGAAGUUGAAGGUUCUGAGCAAACUUUCGAAGCCGAUCUUGUCUUAUUAAGUAUGGGUUUCUUGGGUCCUCAAACCGAGAUUAUCAAGCAAUUGUCUAUUAAGCAAGAUGGUCGUUCCAACAUCGAAACUCCCAAGGGCAAGUAUGCUACAUCUGUUCCUGGUGUUUAUGCUGCCGGUGAUUGUCGUCGUGGUCAAUCUUUGAUUGUCUGGGGUAUCAAUGAAGGUCGUAUGUGUGCUCGUGAAGUUGAUCACAAGUUGAUGGGUAAUACUUACUUGCCUGUCACUGGUGGUAUCCAACAACGUAUCCUUCCUGACAUCUCCCUCUAAAUCCAAAAAAAAAACUACUACUGUGUAUGCCAAACAACAACAACAACAAAAAAAAACUGUACAAAAUUUACAACUUGGUGUAUGUGAUUUGAUUCAAUUUGUUUUCUUCAAUUCUUUUUUCUAUCUUUCUUUACUGCUUUCAUUACGUAUGGGGGUACAUGGUGAAUAUUACCAGCAGUAAUGUCAUUUAAAAUACCGAUUUUCAAGUUUACCAUUUUUCAUCAUAUUAUCACACACUUAAUAAUUAGACUCUUCACUCGAUGUAAUAUAUAUAUAAUAUUCAAUAAAAAUUUCAUCAAGUAAUCAACAUAA